AAAUUACAUAUCGUUAAAGUUAUCUCAAAAGGACAAAGGAUAUAUAUUACUACUCAAAAAUGUCGGAUAUGAUAAUAAAUGACUCGGUCCCAGUCGACAAAAAAUGGAAUGAAUUAAUAAGAUAUAAUAUUUUCAUUAUGAAACUCGUUGAAUUCGUUAUAUCAAUGGUCCUCAUGAUUAUCCCGUUUGUUUUGACGGAGCCUGUCAUCUUUCACUGCCUGGCCGUUGCUCCGACCCUCGUCUUGGCGAUUGUGUUCGCCGUGCUAUACUUAGUGGACCAAGUGCAUGAUCUGGCCGAACAACUAUACUUAAUAUUACAAAUAUUUUUCAAUUUACUAGCAUUUGUGUUUGUAGUGCUAAACACUAGCCCCAGCGGCACACUAUACGGCCUAUUCUAUUGUCACCUACUCAUUGCACUGAGCAUAGAUCUGUUCUUGGUCGUAAAAGAGAGAGGAUUUGCAUUAUUCGGAAGUGAUUGAAUGUUAAAAGUUGAAUAAAAUGCUUUAGCAAGCAUGUCAAUUCGUAUUAUUGAGUAGUUUUGAGCUUUAAAAUGACACCUCUCUAAAAGUAACAGGUUAAUACAAUAUGACUAGAACUUUAAGAACUCAAAAGUAGAAAUGCAAUAAUACCCAUUUUGUGAUAUUUAUGUUAUUAGAUUAUUUAUCUAAAGAAGUUUACAAGUGGGUCCGUCUCUUACUUUUAGGUAGUGGCACUGCUCCUCAAUAUACUGCCUCACGUUGUGGAGCCUCUGGACCUGUUACAUUGCUUGGUGGCGGGGCCCACUGUCAUUUGUUCCACACUCUUAAUGGUGCUCUAUAUUGUGGACCAAGUACAAUAUGAGGCAGAGUUUUAUUACGUCGUCAUUGAGCUAUUUUUAACCAUAUUGGCACUUAUUAAUCUAUUUAUUAUUGGUAAACUGAUAGGAGCCUUAUAUGGAUUGUUUUAUGCAGAUUUAAUAAUAGCAUUCUCUUUGGAUUUAUUCUACAUGCGUCAAGAGAGAGGCUUCACUUUUUGAUUGUAAAUUAAAAUUUUUGUUAUCUGUACUAUUGUAUUAUUUUAACAUUAUGAAUAGGACUACAAGUACUGAUAAUGUUGGCCAGCUAUAUCCUGUAUGUGUGGGUGUAUGACAAAUUAUGAUAAAGAGGGGUAACCAAUGUGCCAUAAUCAAAUAAUGUGGAAAAGAGUAAAACACUGUACAUGGACUAUUGUUUCUUAUACUAUACAAAUGUUAGCCAUUUUAUUGAACAAAAUUAUGAGAGUGCGGUUGCGGGUGCUAUUGUGGGUUGUGUGUAUUUUUACAGUGUCCCUUGUUACACUUUGGAUGUUCAGUGAUGUGAGAACUAUAAGUGAAAUUAAAAUAGAUUCCAGGUAUCCUGUAAUAGUCUGGUGGAACAUGGACUUUCAUGGCACAUCAAGUAUUAAAUAUUGCUCCAAUGGUGUAAAAUGCAACAUUUAUGGCAAAAAUGACGAGGCUAUGCAGCUAUAUUACAAUGUAGGAGCAUACUUAUUCUACGCAAGCACAAUAGAUUUUAAGAGUCUUCCUUUACCAAGACAGCCUAAAGAUAUAAUCUGGGGUUUAUUUCAUGAGGAAUCCCCAAGAAAUGUGGAGGAAUUGUUACAUGAAAAGGCGUUAAGUUUAUUUAAUUUUUCCGCUACAUUUAGUAGAUUCAGUGACAUUCCUUAUCCAUUGCAACAUAUAGACUCAUUUGAAGAUAUAAGAAGCAAGAAGUACUUUAUAGAGACAAGCAAGAAAACUGAAUUAUUAAAUGAAAUUGCCCCAAUUAUGUACUUACAAAGUGAUUGUGAAACAUCUACAGAGAGAGAUGCAUAUGUUAAAGAACUAAUGAAGUUUAUAAAAGUAGAUUCUUACGGCAGCUGUUUAAAUAAUAAAGAAAUGCCACCGAAAUUCAAGGAUGACUACUUGAAUAAUUUGAAUGAAGAUGAAUUCUUGGCGUUUAUUGCGAGGUACAAAUUUGUGAUAGCGAUAGAGAAUGGUGUUUGUAACGAUUACGUAACUGAAAAAUUUUGGCGUGCCAUCAAAGUAGGUUCCGUCCCCAUAUAUUUCGGUUCCCCAACUAUCAAAGAUUGGUUACCAAAUAAAAAGUCUGCGAUAUUAUUAGAAGACUACCCUACACCAAAGAAAUUGUUCGAACACAUUCAGGUGUUGAUGCAUAAUGAUAGGUUGUACGAAGAAUAUUUAGAACAUAAAACGAAACAGUUAAUUACAAAUCAGAGAUUAUUGGAUGAGCAUAGCUAUAGACCUUAUCAGUACGAUGGUGUGAAAAUUAUCGAUAAAUUCGAAUGUUUUAUUUGUGAGAGAUUGCAUGAUAAAAUUAAUGGUCAGAUAGGAGUACAUAUUGUGAAUAAGAGUCACUACGAUUGUCCUAAGCCACUGUCAGCUUUGACUUUAGAUGUAAAUCCUGAUAAUACUUGGGUGUACUCUUGGGAAUAUGCCAAAAGUAGUGCCGAUAGUAUAUAUGACAAAGUUAUUAAUGGAGAUUGAUAUUUUUGUAUUGUUUUAUUACGUAAAUAUACAUUUUGAUGUAAA